GGCGGCGAGCUUGACUUUUGUCUUCUUCGAGUGGAGGCUGGCCUGACCCCAGUCAGAGAUGUCUGCCGCGGAAAGUUUUCUUCUUCGGAUGGAAGAAGAUGUUUUUCAAACAAAGCGCUUAUCUUUCACAUCUGAUUGGUGACCAUGGAGGCGUAGAGGUCGGGAGUGACACAAUGUCCAUGGGGGAGUUCAUAGAGCUCCGUGACCUGAGGCCCGGCGGUGAACAGAUCCAGCUGAAUGGAGCGUGUUCACCCCGCUCCCCUCCGCGUUUGGAGAGAGCCAAUGCCCUGAGGAUCAGCCCGGGAAAGGUGCCGGAUCUGCUGAGCCGGGUGGGCAUUAUCCGGGUCGUGAGCAGCUGGGAGUUGGACCGGCACCUGGCAGAGGAGACUGGGGAGGGCCAUGACUUCCAACCCUGCAGCCACACUCAGCCCACAUGGUGCGACCUUUGUGGGGACUUCAUCUGGGGCCUCUACAAACAGAGCUUGCGCUGUGCCAAUUGCAAGUUCACAUGCCACUACCGCUGUCGUCCCCUGAUCUGCUUAGACUGCAGCUGGGACCACGGCUCUUCCACCGACCACACGUUGGUUGUGGAGCACACCAUUGAAACGGACACCAAUGUGCCCAUCGUCAACAUGUCAAGCACGGCCAGUAGCUCGGACAAGUUGCCCUCCUUCGAGAAGACGUGGGGUAGCUCCACCAGCAGCGGAUACUGCAGUGACGAGGCGGCGGAUUCCGACGCUGAGUUCGAGCAGUACUUCACCGCACGCACCUCCUUCUUCCCUAAAGGCCACAAAGCGGUGACGCACGUCAAGAAGGAUGAACCGAGUGAUUGUGGCAAACAGGUGUUGACCACUGCUGAUACUCAGAAGAAGGUCAAGGAGUACAACGCUCAGAUCAAUAGCAAUUUAUUCAUGAACAUGAACAAGGACAGUUCCUACACCGGCUUCAUCAAAGUGCAGUUCAAGCUGGCGCGGCCCGUGUCGGUCAUGCACCCAAAGAAAGGAGGAGGCGGCGGUGCGCAGAAGGGCGGCUCUAGGAAGGGUACCAGUGUGAAGCGCCGUACCUCCUUCUACCUGCCCAAGGACGCUUCCAAGCACCUUCACAUUAGCUCCCGCACGUCUGCGCACGACGUCAUCGAGGCCCUGUUGAAAAAGUUCACCGUAGUCGACAACCCCGGCAAGUUCGCUCUGUUUGAGCGCAGCGAACGACACGAACAAGUUUACAUUCGUAAGCUGUCUGACAAUGAGCGCCCCCUACCUCUGCGACUGUGCGCUGGACCCAAUGAGAAAGUGCUCAGCUUUGUUCUAAAGGAAAAUGAGACAGGAGAAGUCAAUUGGGAUGCCUUCUCCACACCAGAACUGAAGAACUUCCUGCUCAUUCUCCAGCGCGAGGAAGAGGAGCACAUCAAGCAGAUCGUGCAGCGCUACGAAGUGGCUCGAGCCAAGAUGCAGGAGGCCUUGCGUGGCUCCACCCCAGGCUGAACAAACCCCCGUGUGACGGGUAGACCUUGAGCGUAGCACCUCUUUUGGCUGGACCGUUGCCUUUAAAACGACCAGUUGCUGAUGCACGUGAAGCUCCCGUAAAUGAACGAAAACAAAAAACACCUCUUCGGUGAACGAGAGUGUGAAAGGGGCGCGAGACGAUGAGAGCGUGCGAGAGAGAGAACGCUGAUGCGAAUGUGCAUGUGAGAUGAUGCGAGAAGCAGUGCCUGACACCUGGAGAGUCUGGUAUGCCUGAGAGAAUGAGUUGAGACCAAUGACUACUUGGUAGAUGUGGUUGUCUACUACCUGAUGAGCCCUACAUGAUUUUUCUUUUUUGGACCUCACUUGUGCCACUGUAAUUGCACAUUAAAAACAUUCCUAUGUUAAAGCUAAAUUAGAAACAUCUGAACUAUUACUGCACACACAAGCCAAAAGUAAAAUGUGAAAUCCUUAAGGAUCAGUAGGUGUUCAUUGGAAGUAGCCACUCUGUCUUGUCAUGUCCUCUACACCUCUCAUGGGUGCAAUGGAAUUUUUUUUUAUCCCCCCCCACCCCUCCUCUGUCAAUUUAUGAGUGAGGUGGUUGCAUGGACAUUGUUUGUGCUGUUCUCAAUGUCAGUGACCAGGACAAGUGUCUGUCACUCGGAUCGUCUGUGAUUGUGAAUGAAUUUUUAUUACUGAAUACAAGUUCAUUUAAGCUGUUCUUAAUUUCAUGUUUCUGACUUUUUUCCCCCUGUCCUUUUAGCUCUUUUCACUUUGAUUGUAUUUGUUGAAUGCACUCGAGCACUUGUUGGCCAAUACUGUGUUAGAAUCACAAAGAAUAAUGCAACAGUCCUGCAAAUAAAUACGUAUUUAUCGAGUCCAUCCAUUUUCUAAUGCAAAAUUGUACCAGUCACCCACGACUACAAUUUAGCAGACAAGCCAUUUGGCAAGAGAAGUGAGGGUACCCCAUGGACUGGUCACCAGCUAAUCAUAAUAUGCAUAUACUAUAUCCCCAAAAGUAUUCGCUCACCCAUCCAAAUGAUUGGAAUCAGGUGUUUCAAUCACUUCAAUGGCCACAGGUGUAUAAAAUCAAGCACCUUGGCAUGCAGACUUGUUUUACAAACAUUUGUCAAAGGAAGGGUCUCUCAGGAGCUCACAGAAUUCCAGCGUUGGAACUGUGAUAGGAAGCCACCUAUGCAACAAGUUCAAUUGUAAAAUUUCCUCAGUCCUAAAUAUUCCACAGUCAGCUGUAUUAUAAGAAGGCGGAAGUGUUUGGGAACAACAGCAACUCAGCCACGAAAGCGGAUGACCAUGUAAACUGACAGCUUGGGCGGAUAGAGCGAGGAAGUCACCAACUUUCUGCUUGGUCAAUCGCUACAGGCCUCCAAACUUCAUGUGGCCUUCAGAUUAGCUCAAAACCUGUGCGCAGAGAGCCUCAUGGAACGAAUGAGUUUCUAUGGCCGAGCAGCUGCAUCCAAGCUGCGCAUCAAGUGCAAUGCGAAGCAUCGGAUGCAGUGGUGUAAAGCAUGCUGCCGCUGUAACCCGUGAGCAGUGGAGAUGCAUUCUCUGGAGUGACGAAUCGCUUCUCCAUCUGGCAAUUUGAUGGACGAGUCUCUGUUUGGCGGUUGCCAGGAGAUUGGUACAUGUUUGACUGCAUUGUGCCAAUUGUGAAGUUUGUUGGAGGAAGGAUUAUGGUGUCGGUUUGUUUUUCAGGAGCUGGGCUUGGCCCCUUAGUUCCUGUUAAAGGAGCUCUGAAUGCUUAAUUCAGCAUAUCAAGAGAAUUUGGACAAUUCCAUAUUCCCAACUGGAACUAGUUUGGAGCUUUUCCCCUUCCUUUUCCAACAUCGUCAGUGCACAAAGCAAGGUCCAUAAAGACAUGAAUGACAGACUCUGGUGUGGAUGAACUUGACUGCCCUGCGGUGUCCUGCUCUUAACACGAUGGAACACCUUUGGGAUAAAUUAGAGCGGAGACAAAGAGCCUGGCCUUCUCCUCAACGUCAGUGUGUGACCUUGGAAAUGCGCUUCUGGAAGAAUAGUAAAAAAGAAAAUUCCCAUAAACACAUGACUAAACACUGUAGACAGCCUUCCCAGAAGAGUGGAAGCUGUUAUAACUGCAAAUGAUGGACCGACGUCAUAUUGAACCAUAUGAAUUAGGGCUGGGAUGUCGCUUAAAAUUCAUAUGAGAGUCAAGGCAGGCGAGUGAAUACGUUCGGCAGUAGUGUAUAGUGCUUGUACUCAUAAUGACCGCGCAAGAGCUGGAACCUAUCCCCGGUGACAUUUAGUGAGAGAAGCGCUGUCCUCCCUGUGAUUGAAUGGCGACCAGUCAAAAUGUCAGUUGGAGAAACGAGUGCAGGUUGUACCCAACUUCUUUUUCCCAAAAGUCAGCUGGCAUAGGCACAAGCUCAUCUGCCUUCCAAGUGAGGAUAAUAAACGCUAUAGAAAAUGGAUGGCUGUGUUUAGGCUGAGAGAUGAUUAUAUAAAGUAUAUUUUAUUAGAGAAAAAUAGCAGGACUGUUGUCUAAACCAGUGCCUAAUUGAGUGAACAUUCAAGUAGCUUUUAUCACAUCCUUUCAAAUGUGAGAAAUGUGCACUACUUUCAAUAAAGCAAGUGUCUUAUCAGAA